GGAGGACCCGGCGCUGCAGGUGGGGCCGGCGGGGUCCGCGGCCGGGUUUGUCACGGAGGCUGGGUCGCUAGGGCGGGCCAGGUUUCCAGGCUAGCCCACAAGUCCCUAGGAAGCUGCCCCCUGGCCUGGGGAGGGCUGGGAGGAGGCACCAGGGCUCCUCCCGGAGAAGGCAGGCCCGUGGGCCUCAGCUGGGACAUGCCGGGCCUCCCCUGCCUGGCACCCCGGGCCCUGCACCCUGCCAGGGAGGCCAGCCUGAUCCUGGGUCUGCACCUGGAGCCCUGCCAGCUGGCUCCACCACCUCCACCCAUCCGCCUCCUGCCCUCAGAAGCCGUGGUGUGGUCGCCCGGAUCAGAGCUGCAGAGACGAGGCAGUGGCUGCUGUGCUGGCUGCCGGGAGGAGGAGGCCCUCGGUGGUACCCAUGGCUGGCCAGGACCCCACGCUGAGCACAAGUCACCCGUUCUACGACGUGGCCAGACAUGGCAUUCUGCAGGUGGCAGGGGACGACCGCUGUGGAAGGCGUAUUGUCACGUUCAGCUGCUGCCGGAUGCCGCCUUCCCACGAGCUGGACCACCAGCGGCUGCUGGAGUAUCUGAAGUACAUGCUGGACCAGUAUGUGGAGAAUGAUUAUACCAUCAUCUAUUUCCACUACGGGCUGAACAGCCGGAACAAGCCGUCCCUGGGCUGGCUCCAGAGCGCAUACAAGGAGUUCGACAGGAAAUACAAGAAGAACCUGAAGGCCCUCUACGUGGUGCACCCCACCAGCUUCAUCAAGGUCCUGUGGAGCCUCUUCAAGCCCCUCAUCAGUCACAAGUUUGGGAAAAAAGUCACCUAUGUCAACAGCCUGAGUGAGCUCCGUGAACACCUGAAAUGCGAGCAGCUGACCGUCCCCCCCGAAGUGCUGCGGUACGACGAGAAGCUCCAGCGUCUGCACGAGGGCCGGCCGCCACCUUCCGCCAAGACCCCGCCGCCGCGGCCCCCGCUGCCCACCCAGCAGUUUGGCGUCAGUCUGCAAUACCUCAAAGACAAAAACCAAGGCGAACUCAUCCCCCCCGUGCUGAGGUUCACAGUGACGUACCUGAGAGAGAAAGGCCUGCGCACCGAGGGCCUGUUCCGCAGAUCCGCCAGCGUGCAGACCAUCCGCGAGGUCCAGCGGCUGUACAACCAAGGGAAGCCCGUGAACUUCGACGACUAUGGGGACAUUCACAUCCCUGCCGUGAUCCUGAAGACCUUCCUUCGAGAGCUGCCCCAGCCCCUGCUGACCUUCCAGGCCUACGAGCAGAUUCUUGGGAUCACCUGUGUGGAGAGCAGCCUGCGCGUCGCCCGCUGCCGUCAGAUCCUGGGGAGCCUGCCCGAGCACAACUACGUCGUACUCCGCUACCUCAUGGGCUUCCUGCACGCGGUAUCUCGGGAAAGCAUUUUCAACAAAAUGAACAGCUCUAACCUGGCCUGUGUCUUCGGGCUGAAUUUGAUCUGGCCGUCCCAGGGGGCCUCCUCCCUGAGUGCCCUCGUGCCCCUGAACCUGUUCACUGAACUGCUGAUUGAGUACUAUGAAAACAUCUUCAGUGCGCCAGAGGCACCCAGGGGCCAUGGCCUGGCACCGCAGGAGCAGGGGGGCAGGGCCGCCCCUUUGCAGGAGGCUGUGCUGCAGAUACAAGCCACGGCCCUCACCAAGCCUUCCCUACCUCCAAGUCCCCCGACAGCAGCCAGAAGACGCUUCUAGUGUUGCAAGCACUGUAGUGCCAGCUACCUCCCACGCCUGUCUCUGCACUGUGUGUUUUAUAAACUUGCCAUCUGAGGCAUUACAUGAACUCAGAACCUUUGAAUUAAAAUUCCGUGCUUCCGGCCCCUGGACUCUUCUCUGUGGUACCUGAGCUACGGACCGAUAAAAUAA